UUGAAAGUGGUGUUGUGAGUGAUUAAAAGUAGGUGUUUUCUGUCAUGGAAACUGGAGCAUUACUAGUAUAUCAGUGCAAAGUUUGCAAAUACAUAGUAAGUGACAGUAGUUACCUUGUUCCUGGAAAUGAGGAUCUCAUCCUCGUGUCACUUUCAGGCACAGUAGAUUGAAUGGCUGCUGCUCAGUAUCAAAAAGAUGGCUCGGUUACUAUCGCAACAAUCAGCGCUGGCAACCAGGUGCCACAUCAAAGUUUUACCCUCUCAGUAGUAAUAAAAGUGACUGGUAAGAAUAUUAGGUGCAGAUGAGAGCUCAUUUCGCUGAAUGCAACAUUACAGAUGUGACAGUAACACUUGGCCCUGAAUUUGAUCUGCCUGACCAGCCCUUUAGCAAGAUAAAUGUUUUACUGUGUGAUUGUAAGACUAUACUUGGAGUUUACUGGAAAAUUCCUCCCCCUGAUAGACCACAGUUUACAAAAAAAUACUUACUAAAUGGAGACAAACUACUCAGAUAUGCUUCUAGAAAGGGAUUUAUUGAAGCACUAAAACUGGAUGAAGAGAUUAAAAAUCUCAGUGACAAAGUAUCAAAUUUAAACGACCAAGUUAUGUUGUCACUUUGGCACAUUGUGAGAAUAAAAGAGCUAAUGUGUCUCGUUGGAAAUGAUCCUGAACUGAUGAACUUGCUUAAGUUAGAUACUCCUUGGACAAAUACAUCCUCUGAUGUGGACGAUUUAUAAGAUUUGUUUGUAGAAGUACCUUGUUUUCUGUGAGUGAUGAAUUUACCUGUAUAAUUUGUUUUAUUUUAAAUUGUAUUUACUGAAA